AUGGAAAAACUCAGGACCAAGUCGUAUGGGAUCUUGAAAGCCAUCAAGGACUCCAAAGACGACAAGAAGAAGAACAACCUCGGAAGAGCCUGUUACCGCGUUAACGCGAGAGCCAAGGAUCUUGUGACGGACUUCCAUUUCAAGACCAUCAAGUUUCUAAUGGACAACUACGACGUGAUCAUCCUCGGAAAGAUCAACGUCCAACAGCUCAUGUCCAUGAAGAGUCAGAACAAAACAAACAAGGAUCAUUUCAGGUUCCUGAGUCAUUUUUUGUUUCGACAGAGACUUCUCAUGAAGACCAGUAUAACUCCUCACGCGGUAGUGAUCCAGGAUGAGUCUUACACGACACAAACAUGUGUCAAGUGUGGUGUACUCAAAAAGGAUGUUGGUGACGCUGAAGUGUACAAGUGUUCCAGGUGUAACUUGUGUAUGGGUAGAGAUAUUAGUGGAGCAUCGAACAUUCUCCUUCGGUGUGCUUCUGAAACACACCAGGAAGCAACAAGGACUUCCGGGAGAAAGCGAAAGACCACCUAA